AUGUGGGCCGACGCGGGCACACGACUCUGCGCAGUGCAGAUGGCCCUGGUCCGUGUCUUCAUGAUUUGGCCGCUGAAGGCCGUAGCUCCCAUGGCCUACCUCUACUGGGCCUGGAGGCUGAUGAGGAGCCUCUCCGGCGCGGCGCCGAGGAAAGCCCAGCCGCAGGGCGCUUUGGCACUGCUGCGGGCGGCUGUAGCCUGGGGCUUGCAGGAGACGAUGUCUUUGUGGUUGGGCCUAGAAGUGUUCUUCUACAUCUACUACCGCUACAAGCGGGCCAUGCUGCAGGAGCCGGCGGUGCCGCCGCGGCUGUUGCCAGGCGUCGGGCUCGAGCGGCUCGAGCGGUCAAGCGGCGCGCGGCGCGCGGCCGGCAUGGGCCCGGGCGCGGAGAUCAGCUUCCUCCGGACGCUGCAGGCGUCGGACUGGUCCGUGGCACUUUGCUUGCUUUGGAGCCCUGACCGGCAAAUUGCGCUCAAUGCCAUCCACUACACUGCGGUCAUCAAGAUGUGCGGCCGGAAGCGUCAGUGGAGCGUCGGCCUGGAGUUGCUGGGCGGCUUGGACCACAAAGCUUUGCAGCCAGAUGUCGUGGCCUACAACUCUGCGGCCAAUGCCUGUGCGAAGGCGCAGCAGUGGACGUGCACGCUGCGGAUCCUGCGCAUCCUGGGGAUGGAUCGGGGCCUGCGCCGCGACGAGGUGACCUGCACGGCGGCCAUCGAGGCCCUGCGCUUGGAGUGGCCCAAGGCCAUUUGGCUCUUGGCCGAGCUGCCCCUUCGAAGGCUGCAGGUGGAUGCGGUGGCCUGCGGGGCUGCCUCGCGGACGGCCGCCUGGGCUUGGGCCGCAGGCCUUCUGGCCGAUCUGCCGCGCAGGACCCUGGAGCCCAAUGGCGUGGCCUACGGUGCAACAGCCUGGACUUGGUGGCAAAGCCUCCGGACUUUGGAGGCCAUGGCCUCCAAGGGCAUCGAGGGCGUGCAGGUCUACAACAGCGCCAUCAGCAGCCUGGAGAAAGCAGCGAGAUGGGCAGAGGCCUUGAGCCUUUUCGGCAGCCUCGUGUGCCCAGACUUGGUGAGCCACAAUGCGGUCAUCAGUGCCUGUGCGUCUGGGCGGCGAUGGCAGUCGGCUCUCCUGGUGCUGGGCCACCUGGACGACCAGCGCCUCUCGCCGGAUGUGAUCACCUUCAACGCCGCCAUCGCUGCUUGCGCCCAGCACUGGCGGGCAGUCGGUGCCUUGCUGCACGCCAUGUUCUCAUGGAGCCUCACCCCCACGGUGAUGACCUUCAACGCAGCGCUCUCAGGCGCGGUGCGCUGGGAGCAGUGCGCCGCCCUGCUGGGGCAGAUGAAGGUGCUAGCCUUGCAGCCAGACGACUUUAGCUACAGCAUCGCCCUCGGGACGGACAUGCGGUGGCAGCUGGCCCUCCAGCUCGGCACUGGGGCGAACUUGGUGGUGCGCAACGCGGUGCUCAGCGGUUUGAAAGGCGAAUGGGCAAUCGCAGUGGCCCUGCUGAGCCGUGACGCCGACUUGCUGUCCUUCAGCGCUGCAGCCAGCGCUUGCGAGAAAGCUGCAUGGGACUCGGCGCUGCAACUGCUCCGGGCCUCAAGGCCGCGAGCUCUUGAGGCGGAUCUUCUCCUUCACAGCGCCUCGGACCGUCGGAUCGCACGGAUCGCGCGGAUCGCACGGAUCGCACGGAUCGCACGGAUCGCGUGA